AUGCUUGGCGUCCCAACGCGUCGCGCCAGCCUCCGCAAAAUAUCCGCGGGUCCUCCAGCGCGCUGGACGCUCGCCAUUGGCCUUCUCGAGGGCUACAAGAGCGCGCGCGCUGAACACCCCUCGAAUCACAACGCGACGAUGCAGCUCUUGUCUCUGAUCGUGCUCGCUGGCGCCGUGGCCGCCACCCCUGUUCGUCGGUCGCUCUAUAGCGGCCUGUACAACACAACGUGCGUCACCGCCGGCGAAGUCGCCAAAGACGCCAACUGGCUCCCGAACGCUCCCGUCACGGCACAGAUCACGGGCGGACAAGCCGGGGUGUCGCUGAUCCUGGACAUCGGACUGAUGGACACGACGACGUGCGAAGCGCUGCCGAACACGCUCGUCGAGGUGUGGGCCCCCAACGCGGUGGGGACGUACGGGGCGGGGUUCUUGCGGGGGGCGACGCUGACGGGCUCGAACGGGAUCGCGGAGUUCGAGAUGAUCUUCCCCGGAUUCACGUCGGCGGGGGCGAACCACAUCAACGUGAUCGUGCACCGGCCGGGGGUGACGAGUCCGGCGAACGCGACGACGGUCGCGCACGUCGGGCAGGUGUUCUUCACGGACCAGUGGACGAACGUGAUCGGGAUGUCGGCGCCGUACUCGGGAGACACGCAGGCGCGGGUGCUGAACGCGGGCGACGGGCUGUUCGCGCAGGCGAGCGCGGACGGGUUCUCGCCCAUCGUGGACAUCGAAGAGAUCCAUGACGACUGGCCCGAGGGCAUCUCUGGAUACAUCACGAUCGGGGUGGACCCGGAGGCGGAAUACGCAAACGCGUGA